AUGCAUUUGGGAUGUAAGUUCCAAGCCAUGCGGAUCAAUCUCAUCUACUUCACGCUGCUUUGGGCAUUCUUCUUCUCAACCGAAGUAUUUGGAAAGGUUAAAAUACGAGAGUCCGAUAUACGACGUAUAACAAAGAUGGGAAGCUACAAGGUACGCCAAGAAAAAUGUUUGUUCAUACCCAGCUAUGGACGCUGCAAAAAACAUAUCGCAGUAUAUGGCUACAACAUUAUAACCAAUCGAUGCUCAGAAUUUACCUACAGUGGCUGCGGGGGGAAUCCCAAUCGUUUUAUGACUGAUAGCCAAUGUCGAAACACUUGCUAUGUGGUUCCAGCGAGGAAAACCGUCUCAGAACCGGACUAUUAUGCCGAUGACGGUGUCACAGAACCGAUGCAAGUGGAUGAAGAGGACGAUUACUAAUUUGUAAGUUUGUGCAUAAGUUCUUAUACAAAAAAUAUAAGCAUGUUGAGCU